AUGGCUUAUUCUUUAUUUGUGUCAUUUAGAAUUCAGAGAGAAAAGAAAAAAGGAUCAAGGAUGUUGGAUAUUAUGUUCUCAUGGACUCUCCAUGAUGUUCUCAACCACAAGCUCUACAAAGACAAGGUUCAGAAGAUUCCACUCUCAUUCUCCUCAACAAAGGAGUACUUGAACUCAUUUAUUUUCCCACUGAUUGAGGAAACUCACAGUGAUCUGUGCUCAGGAAUAGAAGCUGUUUCUCAAGCUCCAUUUCGUGAGGUCAUGACGAUUCAAAGGUCCAAGGACUUCAAACCUCCCAAGGCCUUGUUCUAUAAAAUGAGAGUAAAGAAGGUCACUGAAGAAGUUCAAAAUGUUGGGAAAUAUGAACCUGAAUUUGGAGACAUUGUUGCUUUCACAGAUGUUAGACCAAAAGGGAUAUAUGACUUGAACAGGCCUAAAAUGCAAUACCAUAUUGCUUAUAUUUGUGGAUCAGAAGAUGAAUUUACUGAUGAGAUUGAUGUACUUUCAUCUAAAUGCUUGGAUAUGGAUCUCUAUGUUGUAUAUCUGUCGAACAUGACCACAAAUAUUCGCAUUUGGCGAGCACUGAAUGUUGAUGAAAAGAUAAACAUUAUUGAAAAAGUUCUGCAGCAUGAGCCUAAUUCAAAUGUAAUCUGUCAGAUUUUUUGCUGUUCUGGAGAAAACAUGACUGAGUCUCCAGCUCAAUCUUCAGCACAAAGCAUAAUCCGUGCUCAGAAUCUGAAUGAAUCUCAAAGAGAUUCUGUUCUAAGCUGUGUUGCUAUGAGCAAAUGCCAUUACAGUCAUAAUGUUAAACUUAUAUGGGGCCCCCCGGGAACCGGCAAAACAAAGACUGUUGCUUGCUUGUUAUAUUCAUUGCUCCGGUCGAAGAUCAGAACAUUGACAUGUGCUCCAACUAAUAAUGCAGUGUUGACCUUGGCGUCUCGCCUGCAUAGUUUGUUUAAGCAGUCAUAGAAGUUUGAUACUUAUGGCCUUGGUAACAUUUUGCUAUUUGGCAACAAAAACAGAAUGAAAGUGGACAAUUUUCCCGGUCUUGAAGAUGUGUUUCUUGAUUAUAGAGUGGAAGAGCUUUUAAAGUGUUUUAUGCCAUUAACCGGGUGGAAACAUCACUUGGAACUUAUGAUCAAGUUACUGAAGAACCCCAAUCAACAAUAUAGGUGUGAACUGAAUGAUAAGGAGGAUCUAAUGUCAUUGGAAGAAUCUGCUAAGAAAAGUAACAGCAAUGUAAAACGUGCAUAUUCUUCAUACAAGAGAAAAGUGAAGAGUUCUAACCUUUUGACAUUUGAGCAAUUUGUUGAGAAGAAAUUCAAUGGGGUUGUAGAAUCUUACAAUUUGUAUGUUGAAGAUAAAAAGAUGAGUGCUGCUGGUAUGACAAUGGAGCAAUUUGUGAAGCAAAGGUUCAGUAACAUUGGAGGUAGGCUCAAGUUGUUCAUGAAAGCCUUGUAUACUCACCUACCAACAUCUAUGAUUUCAUUCAAAGUGGUAAAGAAAAUGUUCAUUGCUCUGGAUUUGUUGAAAUCUUUGGAAACUUCGCUACGGAAUACCAAGUUCAAACAAGACUUUCAUCAAUGUGAAGAUGGAAAAAGCCUACAAAGCAUACUAAGUUCACUAUCACGUUCAAUUUCGCUUCCUUGGAUCACAAGCAAAGUUGGCAUUUCAAUGUUUUGCAUUGAGAAAGCAUGCUUAGUAUUUUGUACUGCAUCAAGUUCUUCUAAACUGCAUACUCAAGAAGGGGAAAUGUUCCGGUUUGUAGUUAUUGAUGAAGCAGCACAGCUGAGAGAAUGUGAAUCAGCAAUUCCAUUGCAACUUCCUGGUCUUCAACAUGCUGUUCUAAUAGGUGAUGAAAGACAGCUUCCUGCAUUGGUUAAAAGCAAGAUAGCUGAGAAGGCUGAAUUUGGAAGAAGUUUGUUUGAGAGAUUGGUAUUGUUGGGAAAAGAGAGGCACAUGCUUAAUAUUCAGUAUAGGAUGCAUCCAUCAAUUAGCAAAUUCCCAAGUGAAGAGUUCUAUGAUAAGCAACUUGCUGAUGCAUCCAUUGUCAAAUUAACAAGCUACAAAAAACAAUUCCUUAAAGGGAAAAUGUAUGGCUCCUACUCUUUCAUCAACAUAUCAAGGGGUAAAGAGCAGUCUAAUCAUGAUCAUAGUUUGAAGAACAUUGCUGAGGCUGCUGCUGUCUCACAGAUUAUUCAAAGCCUUAGAAAAGAAUGUUUGACAAGAAGAAAGAAAGUUAGCAUAGGAAUCAUAUCUCCAUACAAUGGUCAAGUACAUGAAAUCCAGAAGACCAUAAAGCAAUAUAUUUCAGACAGUGAUCCUAACUUCUCUGUGAGUGUUCGUUCUGUUGAUGGUUUUCAAGGUGGUGAAGAAGACAUAAUUAUAAUAUCAACUGUGAGAUCCAAUGGUGUUGGAAAUAUUGGUUUUCUUUCAAAUAGACAAAGAACAAAUGUGGCAUUGACAAGGGCUAGAUAUUGCCUUUGGAUAUUAGGAAAUGCAUCAACUUUGAUGAACCGUAACAGUGUAUGGAGGGAACUGGUUCUUGAUGCUAAGGAAAGAAAAUGCUUCCACAAUGCUUAUGAGGAUGAGAAACUGGCUCAGGCCAUUGAGAAUUCCUUGUGGGACCUUGACCUUGAUUCACUGGAGGCACCAUUCAUGAAACUUAGUUUAUGGGACAAUUCUAAUACGGCUUCUACUUCCUUGAGGUUAGUUUCCAACAUGGGCUCAUAUGAAAUUUAA